UUUGCUCACAUUCUCCUCGUCCGUGAAAGGGGAACCCAUUGCUCCCAACUUAUUCGACUCAGCGUGGAAGGAGGGGGAAGGCGUGGGGGAAGAAGACAAAGGGGGGAAGUUGGAGUGAUUCACAAGCAGGCAUUUGUGGCACGGGGUGAUGAAGAAGUGAAGCGAAAGUGAGUCCAGCCACAACGAGAAGGGAAAUCAAGUUUCCGAGGCCCGGGCUCGAGGAAAAGCCAGAAGACAAUGUUGGCGCUCUACGCGCAGCCAAGAACGAGUGUCGGUUGGGUUUGUCGCCUCGAGGGGUAAGAUGACCAGGUCGUGGAGGGGCGCGGAGGCACGGGCGAGGCACUGCUCGGGAGGCCGUCGUCCCACGAUAGUGAUCGGAGUGGCGGCGGUGGUGGUAAAUGGACUCGCUUGCCAAAGGCGCGCGGUAGAAGCACGCAAGCGCGCGUCUUCGGGGGCGGCCGUUGAGAAGCGGGAGCGAAUGUUGGAAGAAGUAAAAGAUGCGGCGUCAGUCGAGGCGACAGAAGCGCAGGCGAAGAUCAGUCCAAGUCCAAGUCCGUCACAACCUGCGACGGCAGCCUGCGGCCCUGCACUGCUACUGGGGUUGUUGCUGCUGGGGCUGUUGCUGGUACUGCUUGCUGCUGCGCGUUGCGCGUGGCUGGGCGUGCAAGCUCGUUGGUCCCUGUGCUGGGGUCGUGGACGCGGAGUUGUAGCCGGAGCCAGGUGACGCUGGGGUGGGCAAACACUGGAACCAAACAAGGGUGGCCAGCCUUUGGUGAAGACUCACUCUCCACGCCCGAGAGGGUUUGGUCUGGUCCAGGAUGUCAGGGAUGGAGAUC